AUGACCGGCAUGGACCCAACUACCCGGCAAGCCUGGGAGGACGAGCUCGAGCGGCUCGAGGGCGCAGACGCAAGGGCUCGAAUUGAGACUGUCACUUUCGCCGCCAUGACGAACUUCCUUCACCGACAGUGCCGCGCUCUCAGCUCUAUUGAGGCAUCUCGCCCAGCGCGGCCAGCGAGCACGCCCAGCAUCCGUCCACCAGCUUCAUUAUCUUCUAGGCGGCAUUAUCGCUUCCUCGCAACCAGCGCAGCUCUACCUCCGUGCCCGUCCUGCAGCGAAACCCAUUACCUGGGGCACUGCGCUCGAUUUCAAGGCCUCGACGUGCACGCUCGGCGAGACGUGGUCUACCAAGCCCGACUAUGUUUUGAUUGCCUUCGAACAGGCCACCUGUUGAAGUUCUGCCCCUCCCGAUCUGUUUGUCAGCACUGCCGAGAACAGCACUACAGCCUGCUUAACGACAGCAGCCGUCGACGGCCAUCGGACCCAUCUGACAGUCUGCCAUCACCAAAACGGCCGAGGGCCGACCCCGUCGGUGCAACCCGUGCCAACGACCUGGGCCCGUCGCCUUCUUUCUGA